CAAUAGAGUUACAUACUUCACAUAGCGUUGAUUUUUCACACAGAAGGGGAUUCAGACCAGCAACCAGCUACCCAUAGGUGCACAUGUACAUGCAUGAAGGGGGGACGACAGAGAAAGACGAAGGCAGAAAUGGGCCCGGACGAUGAUGACCCUUUCCCAAUCGGUAACAAGGACGCUGAGAGAGAGCGUCAGCUGGCUGCAGAAGAGUCGGCCGAGAAACCGAAGCCUUCGUCGGAAGUGGACGGCGGAGGAGAAGAGGAAUCACUGCUUGACCCGAACUGCAGGAUUUGGUCUGAUCAAGACCUGAGCGCCACUAUUGCAAGGAUGAAAGCCACGUUGAAAGUGAUGGGAAAAAAUUUACCCGAUGGUGGCGAAAAAUUGCGAGUGAAUAUAAUGCGCCACGAAGCUGAGUUGCAGAGCAGAAAAAUUCGGAGGGAUGAUGAAAAAUGUAGGAAGCUUAUACAAUCUAUCAAUAACAGAACUUGUACUGGAGAACUUGAUUUCACCGGGCCAAGAGAUCCAUCUUCUGCACCCUCCUCGCUAUCCGUAUUCAGCUCCAGUUUCUGCAGCAGUUUGGAUGACAAAACAGCUCAUUUGACAAUCAAUGUCCCUGGAAAAGACAUAUCUACUUUGAUGCAAUGUGGUAGGAAGAAUACAAGAGUAGACAGGAGAUUUUCAGCCAGGAGAAUAAAGAAGCGUGGUUCAUCUUUUAGACAAAAACCAUUUCAAACUUCAAACCAUCUUCCAGUAAAAGUUGUUGAGCAAUCCCUAUCAAAUGAUGAACGAAAGAGAAAUCUCUCUCCAACUCCUUCACCUUGUCAUUUUGAAGAUGAUUUAUCAGGCCGUUUAACAAAGAAUACUGAUUUUUGCAACUUAUAUAUGCUGUGUUGCUGCUUGUCAACUUGUACCUUUUGGAUUGCUGCUUGUAUCCAACCUUCUCAGAAUAUUAGGUACGAUAAUGGAAAGAGUAUCGUUCUAGAGGAUGAAGAGGAACCUGAGGUUCCAGAGAAAGCAAGAAAAGCUGACCAAGUGUAUGAUCCUGAAUCAGUUGAAUUCUAUUGUUCAGACUUGGAAUGUUUAGCUCCUCAGUCAUAUUUGUCAUCAGACAUAAUGAAUUAUUACAUCCGUCUUAAGGUCUUAGUGCUACUCCAUUUGAAGGCUGUGUGCUUAUGCACUUGGGUGGUUAAAAGAAAUAAAUGGGGAGAGGCCAAAGCCGUGAAUAUUCAUUUAAUGAUUUGUGGUUCUGCUCUGCGUAGGUAUCUGCAGAAGCCAGCAUCUUCGACAGACACAGAAAGACACAAGUAUCAUUUUUUUAACACAUAUUUUUACGAGAAGUUGAAACAGGAUGUUCUAAGAAAGAACAAGCUGGAAACUUCAUUUGUGAAGUUCAGAAGAUGGUGGAAAGGCAUCAAUAUAUUUGAGAAAGCAUAUAUUUUCCUACCAAUUCAUGAAGAUUUACAUUGGAGUUUGGUCAUAAUUUGUAUUCCAGAUAAGGAAGAUGAAUCAGGACCAAUUUUACUUCAUCUGGACUCUUUAAAAUUUCACUCCAGCAAGUCAAUUUUUAAUAAUAUACGGAGCUUUCUAAUAGAAGAGUGGAAAUUUUUGAGGCAAGGAGAAUCUAAGUCCCAGUGUCUGAUCGCAGACAAAAUAUGGCGGAAACUUUCUCGAAGAAUUGAUGAGAAAAUAAUUGAGGUACCACAACAACAAAAUGACUAUGACUGUGGUCUCUUCGUUCUUUACUUUAUGGAACGCUUCCUUGAAGACGCCCCUGAGAGGCUUAAGAAGAAGGAUUUGACCAUGUUUGGCAGACGGUGGUUCAAACCGCAAGAGGCUUCUAGUCUGAGACGGAAAAUUAAGAUUUUACUUAAAGAGGAGUUCAAGAAUGCAAAUGCUGGUAAAUCUGUUUUGAAUCCUGAGGUUCCAUCUUAAAUGGUUACUCCAAUACCAAUAGAAAGAUUGCAGUAAAUCGAUACUACAUUCGUUGUUUGGCGUGCCGGACUUGUGUCGAGGAUGCUAUAUUUGUAUGGGGACAGAUUUCGACAAAGACCAAAAGGUUGUGCAGUAGAGUAUUUGGCACAAUAUCAAUUCUACAUUUGAAUAAUUGUGAUGUACAUUGUAGAAAUUAGCAGGCCAAAAGAUGUUCCAUUUGAUAAUUUAUUCAUGGUAUUUGGCACAAUAUCAAUUCUACAUUUGAAUAAUUGUGAUGUACAUUGUAGAAAUUAGCAGGCCAAAAGGUGUUCCAUUUGAUAAUUUAUUCAUGUAUCCUAAUUAACUUGUAUGAAUUAGUACGUUUGAUUUAUUAAAAAACAUAUAUUUGAAUUUUC